UCUCAGAGCUCUGUCAGUAAAUAUUCAGUGGAGUUCUCUGAAGGCGGGAAAACAUUUAAAGAAGAGAUUGCAAUCGACAUUACAAAGGGAACAGAGACUUUCCAUGUACCAAAGACAUCACCUAAUAAAUCAGCAGGAGAUAUAAUCUACGAUUUCAAAAAGGUAAUAUUUGGUCGUAUUUGUUGAAUACAAUUGUUUGGGCUGGUGAGGGCGGUGAAGUAUUGAACUCGUUCACUUUAAAAAAAAAAACCUUUCACCGAUAAGUUGUUUAAGGACCUCUUUCCUUUAAAUAUUAUGUGUUUUCUUAGAUUUUUAUUAACCAGAUUAUUACUAUCAUUUUUUUUAUUAGUAUGGCACUUUGUUACGCGCUGCAAGCUUCGCUAAAAGUCUGUUUCAUGCCAUUUCUUCUAAUGAUAUUAAUAACCCCACGGUUAGCUCAGGUUGUAGAGCGCUGGACUGCCGUGCACGAGGUGAAGGUUUCAAGUCCCAGACCCGCCCAACACUCAGAGUCUUAAUAUGAAUGACGAGAAUGUGCUGCCUUUGCUAUGACAUCUGCAAAUGUUUAGACGUUCAAGUUUAUCCAAAUAAGGACGAUAAACCGUAAGCCCCGUCUCCUGCAUCUUCUCUGUACUGGAUAGGAAGGAAUUUUAAAGAACCUACGCACCUCUCGCAAAGAGUUAAGAACGUAGCUCCGGUGUUAUGGCCUGGCCAUGUGUCCACAAAUUCCUAAACUAAGAGUACCUACAAAUUUCAUUUGAAUAGAGCAUUGUAAACUGUAGUUUGGACAAAGUCCCCCGAGGAAGGGUUGUUAAGCGCAUCAGAGCAUAUUCAUUCGGAAAAUGCGCCAUUUAAAUGCAUCUUUAUCAUUAUCACUUACUGCAAUAACUCGAGUUUAUCUCAGUAUAAACUUUUAGGUUUUCAAGUGUGUCAGUUCAUUGUAUCUGUGUCCACUUUACUAUUUGCUUUUCCCUAAAGUACCGACUGAAGCCGAGUUUAUUUUUCAUGCAGCAAGUGACAAUGAUUCAUCUGCCAGCAGAAAAGGCUUGCUAUGUGGCGAAUUCAGUCGAUAAAACUCCCACACCCGCUGUUUUAAAGGAAGCUUUAGAGACGGUGAGUGAGAUUGAAUUACUUCCACACCUUGGGUCUUUUACCGUCAGCCUCGCAAUGUUUUGGCGCGUCUGAUUGCUAAUUUUCAUGACUUUGUCUCAUUAUAUAAUCAGCAUACUUUCGGAACAGGUGAAGACGUACCAACCACCUCAACUGAAAUACAAAUGAAGGUUGUGGAACUGCUUGACGAUCGUUCAGUGCUGAGUAUUGAAAUGGAGGAUCUGUGUGCAAAUCUGCCAAUUUAUGUGGUCGUAAGAAGAGCUAUGAAACCAAAUGACAAGGAAGCUGAUGUGGAGUAUGAUGAGGAUGUUGAUGAAGUCAUUGAUGAGGAAGCCAGGGAUUUCCCUGAAAUAACCAAUCUAUAUGACAUUCCUAACGCACGUAAGUCGUAUUGA